GUCAAAGAGCCACCCGCGUGCACCCGCGCUCGGUUAUUUGGCGGCCCCCCGCUGUUCCCAGGCUCUGUCCACACCAGAGACUGAUCCGGAAACAGGAGCAGCCGUUCCUCUCUCGGUUUCACCGCUGUGCGCCCCCAGACGCGCUCUUUCUUGUUCGGGAUGGACUCGUCUCCUUCUCCUUGUCUUCACCUUUAGCACUGACUGUGACGCCGCUGUAGUUUGGUGGGAGUCCGUGUGGAAGGAGCUGAUCCUCUGUCCACUGUUUCGCAUUUCCAUUACUGGGUUUUUCUUUUUGAUUGGACCGGCACUUUACCUUAAUCUCUGGGCUGCAGAUCCGAGAUGGGGAUGUACUUGCAUCUGCUGCUUUUGCAAUACUAUUUCGUCUCGAGUUUUGUGUGCAACGCCGUCGCCUUCGUUGAGGAGCCCUCCGGAGGCAGGUCGGACGGGUACUGCGGGCGGAUCCUCCGGGCGCAGACCCAGGGGACCCGGAGGGAUGGACACCAUGAGUUCAGGCUCAGGGUAGAGGGGGACCCGGAAACCUACCAACCUGGCAGGACCUACAGAGUGGUCCUCCAGGCGUCCAGCCCUGCUUAUUUCAGAGGUUUCACCCUCAUCGCGCUGAAGGAGGGCAGAGAGGGCACCACAGAUGACGACUACAGCGGCCAGUUUCAGAUCAUUGAUGAGGAGGACACACAGUUCUUAACCAACUGUCCCCCUGCUGUGACGGAAAGCACACCUCGCAGACGCACCAGGAUACAGGUGUUCUGGACAGCGCCACCCUCUGGGACUGGCUGCGUUAUACUGAAGGCCAGUAUUGUCCAGAAGAGAAUCAUCUAUUUCCAGGAAGAGGGCUCUCUCACUGUUCGCCUUUGUGAGAAAGAACGUGUGUUUGGUGAAGCUACUGAGACUCCUGCCAUGGAGUGCUGCGCCUGUGGAACAGCCAAGUACAGACUCACCUUCUAUGGCAACUGGUCGGAGAAAGUGCAUCCCAAAGACUAUCCAAGACGAGCCAACCACUGGUCGGCUCUGAUUGGUGCGUCCCACUCCAGAGGUUACGUGCUGUGGGAGUACGGAGGCUACGCCAGCGAGGGUGUCCGUCAGGUUGCUGAGCUCGGAUCCCCCAUCAAGAUGGAAGAAGAGAUUCGACAGAAGGGAGAUGAAGUACUGACUGUGAUCAAAACUAAGGCUCAGUGGCCAGCGUGGCAGCCACUCAACCUGCGAGCAGCUCCAUCAGCAGAGUUUUCUGUGGACCGGACCCGGCACCUGAUGUCCUUCCUCACCAUGCUCGGGCCCAGUCCGGACUGGAACGUGGGGCUGUCAGGAGAGGAUCUCUGCACCAAAGAGUGCGGCUGGGUCCAGAGGCUGGUGACAGACCUCAUUCCAUGGGAUGCAGGCACUGAUAGUGGCGUCACGUAUGAGUCGCCAAACAAGCCCACCCUCCCUCAGGAGAAGAUCCGGCCACUGACCAGUUUGGACCACCCCCAGAGCCCAUUUUAUGACCCAGAGGGAGGAGCAAUUACCCCGGUGGCUAAAGUGGUGGUGGAACGCAUUGCUCGGAAGGGGGAACAAUGUAAUGUGGUCCCUGACACCAUAGAUGACAUCGUAGCUGAUAUUGGACAGGAGGAGAAGGAGGAAGACGACACACCGGAGACAUGCAUCUACUCAGGCUGGUCCCCCUGGUCGGCGUGUAGCAGUGCUACGUGUGAAAAAGGUCGCAGGAUGAGGCAGAGGAUGCUGAAGGCCCAGCUGGACCUCAGUGUGCCGUGUCCCCAUACUCAAGAUUUCCAGCCCUGCAUGGGUCCAGGAUGCAGUAUGGAGGAACCUUCCACGUGCAUGAUGUCGGAGUGGAUCAGCUGGUCAGCCUGCACUGUGUCCUGUGGGAUGGGGAUGAGGUCCAGAGAGCGAUAUGUCAAACAGUAUCCUGAGGACGGCUCGCUCUGCCAGCUCCACACCGAGGAGACUGAGAAGUGUGUCGUCAACGAUGAAUGCUCACCCAGCAGCUGUGUGGUGACUGAAUGGACGGACUGGGACCCCUGCAGCGUCACCUGUGGGAUGGGCAUGAGAAGACGUGAGCGCAUGGUGAAGAUGCCUCCGAUAGAUGGAUCAAUGUGUAAAACCGAGGUGGCUGAAGUGGAGAAAUGCAUGAUGCCAGAAUGCCACACCAUCCCGUGCAUGCUGUCUCCCUGGUCGGACUGGAGUGAGUGCAGCGUGACGUGUGGGCGUGGUGUGCGAACACGUCAGAGGAUGCUGAAGUCUGAUCCCGCAGAGUGCACCGAGGAGCUGGAGCAGACGGAGAAGUGCAUGCUGCCUGAGUGCCCUAUCGACUGCAUGCUCUCAGAGUGGACGGAGUGGUCAGAGUGUAACAAGUCCUGCGGUAAAGGACACAUCAUUCGAACCCGCAUGGUCAAACUGGAGCCUCAGUUUGGAGGCAGCCUUUGUCCCGAGACCGUCCAGAGGAAGAAAUGCAAGAUCAGGAAGUGCCCAGGGAAACGGGGUAAAGAUGCAGUGCCAGAAGAACAGCCAGCAGAUUGCAGGAUACGGCGGUGGGGCAACUGGUCAGAAUGUACCAAACCGUGUGGAGGGGGGAUCCAGGAGCGUUCACCGAUAAUGAGGAGACCCAAGGCCAGCUGUAAGAAGCUGAGGGAGAUCCGUGCCUGUAACAUUAGUCCCUGCUAGGGGGCACUACUGAGCUACAGAGGGGAGGGGAGCUGAGUGUUAAAUACAUGAGAUAUGAAAAUAUGGGUUUAUUUGAUAAAGAUGAUGCGGGGGGGGGGGGGGGUGUAGUAAGGUGAGGGGAGGGUGAGACAACUGGUUUGACACCAAGGAAAAGUUAGGGUCCGGGCAAGUAGGGGAAAGAGGAGGAGAAAAGAAAGAGAAGAUGCUGAUGCGCUGUUUAGUGAAGCCAUUGUAGACAUUUAGUUAACAGGGCUGACUUUUACUUUAGACCACAAUGGAAGUAUUAGAGAGUCAUGUCUGUGUCCUGCAAAAAAAAAAAAGAACCCCCCCCCCCCAAAAAAACACCUUUACAGGAAUUUGAUUUGAGGAAAAAAAAAAACAAAAGUAGCUUCUUCACUGACACAAACUUUUUGUUCUGACUCCUGGGGCAUGAAAUAAAGCUGAAUCCUGGGAUUUCCUGGGAAUUCUUGUCGAAACCUGCUCCUGUUUUGAGAAACAGCAACCUCUGAUUGCUGUGUCUGCUUCAUGCUACAUGUACUGACACAAACAUACUUUCUCCAAACAUCAUCACUGGUAUCAUGUUAGUGUCGUUGCUAUAGUCCACGCACGGGGUGCUGGUCUUUCCAUGAUCUAACUGGAUCAGAUUAUUAGUUUUAUCCGUUCCUUCUGAUUCUAAUUCAUGCUAAAAUGGCAGCCUGCUGCUGUGGAGCAAAGUCAUUAUAGAAUAAGUGUGAAAGAAGCUGAAUUAUCUGUAAAUAUAAACUAUCUUAAUCAGAUGUGCUGGAUGGAGGCUCACAGAGGUGCAGUGAUGUGUAUAAAUCAUGCACCCACCUCUGUGCAGGGGGGAUUUUGUAAAUCCCCCCCUGCACAGAGGUGGGAACAGGACUGCAGGAAAUCAUGUUACAGUCUUUCAUGUCAUCUGUGGUGUUUACUACACUUUUGUUCCCUGACUUUAGCCUUUAAAGCAGAAAACACAUACUUAAACAAAUGUCCCUGGCCUUGUUGUUGUUCCAUCACCUGCAAGCUUCAUGGUGUGGUACUGAAAAGGACGAAUACUGAUUAAUAUUAAAACACCAGAAACAAGCUAAGCGGGCACAGAGACACAAUAUACACUGUAAACAACUGGGAGGACGACGACAGCGACAACAGUUACAAGCAGCAGAAAGAGAGUUAGAGGGACGCAGUGUUCGUUAACAAUGUUACUGCGGUGACCACAGCACCUCAGGAGUGUGGAGUGGAUAUCCAGAUCCUUUACUUGAGUUAAAGUAGCAAAGCUGCAAAAUAAAAUUUCUCCAUUACAAGUAGAAGUCCUGCAUUUAAAGUAUAAGUACGGAAGUAUUAUCGGCAAAAUGUAGUGAAACUAUCAGUACUACUAAUGUAAUCAGUAUGUAAGUUCUUUUAAUAGGGCUAGUUUUAACUAUUUUGUAUACUGUUGUGUAAUUUAAUUCGUAACAGCGCAGCAUUAUUUAAACCCAACACAUGUCACAAUGUUUGACUCUAAGGCACAGUGGAACCACUCAGCUCCACACCACCAGCAGAGCAGUGUUCAGCAGGUGGAGCACUGACAGCAGAUGAAAUGCAUGUUCUCAUUCCUCCACCUGUAUCCACGCUGACAUGUAAGAACUGAGGAAAAAUUCAAUUGUAAUAGUAAAUAAAGGAUCCGACGAUUCUGCAGUUCAUUUUUCCACCUCAAAUAUUGUUUACUUUUAAGAGGACUUACUGUGCUACUGAACAUAAACUGUAGAAUAGCAUCAGAAAAUU